GACAACCUGACUUGGAAAGAGUGGCAGUAUGUGAAAGAGCACGGUCCCUGCCUUGACCGAGAGUACGAGGCCUUCUCGCGUUUCUGGUCGGCGAAGGAGGCCUUCGUGAAAGCACGAGGGGAUGGUCUUGCCUACCCAUUGGGGAAGGCAGAGUUCCAUUGGAAGCCAAUUGACGGCUACGACUUUGGGACUGCCUUUGAGGGUGACGUUCACAUAGAAGGUACGCACAGCCCGAAGUGGCGGUUCGUGCAAUACAGGAUGCCCGGGGACUCCCCUCAUUGGACGACGGUUGGUAGAGGACCGUUGACCGACAUUGUAGACGCGCACGGGGAGUUCACGAAGACGCUACGAAAGCCCCAGGAGCUCUUCUCUGAACUUGAGUGGCAGGCCCACUUGGAGUCCCACAGCCCUCAUUUUGAUGUCCUUCCUGUUGGUGCCCUGGUUCCGCAGGAUAACAUGGAUGCGUUUGUGGCGGCCGGUGGCAUGAAAUUUCCUUGA